AUGCAGCUCACCAGCGCCCCUCUCAUCUUCCUCGCCUCCCUCCUCCCAGCGUUUGCUCUCGCGACCCCUACCCCCCGCCAAAGCAAUUCUCCUGUCGCUCUUACCUACUCCUCCACCUCCCCCUACGGUCAAAGCACCGGUUACAUCGGUCUCACUCAAGGCUCUUACGGCUAUGGCAUGACCAUGGUCGCCACUGACAGCGAAACCAUCUCGGCUCACCUCGACGGGAACGGCGGGAUCGUCCAAGAUUGCCCGAAUGCCGGACUGGUGGGCGCGUUGGUUGCCCAGGCAGAUGGGAUUACGUGGAACUUUGAGUGGGUCGAGGAGAGUGCCCUGGGAAGCUUGCCCGCGGGCAGUACGACCACCUCCUUCACACAGGGCGCACCGGCGCCGUGGUCUUCCUCCCCGCUUUCGACUGUGGGCACUACGCUCUCCCACGCCGAUGGUAGCGGAAUCUGGGCUGCGAAGCCAAUCACUGGCACCACUGGUGUUUACUCUAUUGGCUGGAAGAACGAAACUGCGUACGACAACGGAGACGUGCAGACCGAAGUCGUCUUGAACACCUCGGAGAGCGUCAGCUGCUGA